CCAUUUAUAUAAUUUAUCUUCACUUUCGCUCUCCAUUUCUCUCUCUACAUCUUUCCCUGGAAACUGAACUUCUUUUCUCUGGAAAAUAAAAAGAAAAAAAAAAAAAAAGAAGAGAGAGAAUAAAGCUUUGUUAUUAUUAACUGCCUGGCCUGUCUUAAAGGUCUCUUUGAGAUCUACUUGUUUGCUGCUAGAUAGAGAUUGCAUAGAGAAGGACAAGAAGAGAUAGAUAGAUAGAUAUAGAGAGAGCAGGUAAAACUGAUCUGUUGUUCAAACCCUAAUACGAAAAGCCCUAAACCUGACUACGAAGACUUUCUUUUUUUAGCUUUUGAGUUUUUUAAAUUAACCUUGAAAUUUGAAGAAAUGGUUCAGAUCUGUCAUGGAUUGGUCAUCAAAGAAGAUUAGAAUUUGAAUAAUUUGCGGAAGUUUCACAUGAAUUGGACUAAACAGGUACGCAUGAUCAGGAGAUGACUAGUGCUGCUAGUAGCAGGGCAUUGCAAUCACUUUAUGAUGGCAUGCAGCUUAAUUUAAAUGCAAGAGUUCGAUUGGUAUCUGAUGAUCACAGCUGAUUUUGGAGUUUACUGGUAGCAAGACCGUUUUAAUAAUUUUUCUAUGGGGAGAUUUCAUUGGUUUGAUUUUUACAAGUGCAUUUUCUAGGGCUGCAAGUCCAAGCAAUUUAUGCUGUUGUUUUACAUACGUGUACUGCUCUGUGAAGUGCUUCAAAGAGAAUGGGUUUGACUCUGGCUUUAACCAUUUUAUACCCAUUCAACUGAGUGUUCAUUGAAUGCUUACUGAAAGGCGGAUACGCUCUCAGAUAUGCUGAUUUAAGCAACUAAUAGCAAUGUAAUUGAUUUAGCUUUACAUUCAUUGGGGGAUUGUGUUGCUUGGAGGUGCUAUUUAAGUAGUGUAUUGCUCUGGUACUUGCGUUUUGCUUGUAUUACCAAUUGAUAACAUGGAAACUGAGUUUGUCAAUACUAACCAUCCACCAAGUAUUCUUCAUCGUCUGCUUCCGGCUGUUGGACCUGGACUGUUGAUUGCAAUUGGAUAUGUUGACCCUGGGAAGUGGGCAGCAACCAUUGAAGGAGGUGCACGUUUUGGGUAUGAUCUGGUAGUGCCUAUGCUUAUUUUCAAUUUUGCUGCUGUUUUAUGUCAAUAUCUCUCAGCUCGAAUUGGCGUGGUCACUGGAAGAGAUCUUGCCCAGAUUUGCAGUGAUGAGUAUGACAAGUUCACAUGCAUGUUUCUUGGAGUCCAAGCAGCAGUUUCUAUUAUUGCAUUGGACCUGACCACGAUCCUUGGCAUUGCACAUGGUCUUAAUCUUCUCUUCGGGGUGGACUUGUCCACUGGUGUUUUUUUAACUGCCAUUGAUGCUGUUUUAUUUCCACUUUUCGCCACCUUCCUGGAGCGAUUCAAGGCAACCGUUGCAUGCACAUUCAUUGCAGGCUUUGUAGUGCUUUUCUAUUUUCUUGGAGUGCUGACCAGUCAAACAGAAAUCUCACUUUCCAGGAAUGGGAUGCUGACAAAUCUGAGUCAGGAAAGUGCAUUUGCCCUGAUGAGCCUUCUUGGAGCGAAUAUCAUGCCUCAUAAUUUUUAUCUCCAUUCCUCUUUUGUAAUGCAGUAUCAGGGUCGACAAAAUAUUUCCAAGGAUGCCUUGUGUUAUAACCAUUUUUUUGCCAUUGUAUGCAUAUUCAGUGGCAUUUAUCUGGUGAAUUAUGUGCUUAUGAACUCAUCUGCAAGUGUGUUCAACAGUACUGGCCUUGUGUUGCUUACUUUUGCCGAUGCAAUGUCACUGAUGGAACAGGUGUUCAGGAAUCCAGUGGCACCCUUUGCCUUUUUAAUCAUUUUAUAUCUUACAAAUCAAGUCACAUCAUUAGCCUGGAACCUUGGUGGGCAAGUAGUCUUACAUGAUUUCCUCAGACUAGAUUUACCUAAUUGGCUUCAGCAUGCUACAAUCAGAAUUAUGGCCAUUGUUCCAGCUCUUUAUUGUGUAUGGACUUCAGGAGUUGAAGGAAUAUAUCAGUUGCUUAUUUUUACACAAGUUGUGAUAGCUCUACUGCUUCCGUCUUCAAUGAUUCCGCUUUUCCGAGUUGCGUCAUCAAGGCUAGUAAUGGGUGUCUACAAAAUUUCUCAGCUUUUGGAGUUCAUAGUGCUGAUUAUUUUCAUGGGAUUGUUAGGCUUAAAGAUUAUAUUUGUGGUAGAAAUGAUUUUUGGGGACAGUGAUUGGGUUGGUAACUUGAGGUGGAACACGGGCACUAGUGCAUCUGUCCCAUACGUUGCACUUCUCAUCACUGCUUGUUCAUCAUUUUGUUUGAUGCUUUGGUUAGCAGCUACACCGUUGAGAUCUGCAACUCGCUUGGAUGCUCAGUUAUGGAAUUGCGAAGUAACAAAUGCACCUGAACUAUCUCCUCAGGCAGAAGAAAUUUUUUUGACUGAAUCGGUACAUGAUGGUGAGGAAUCCAUUCCAAAUCAGGAACCAUUACCAGCACCAUAUAAUUCCACUGAGAGUUAUUCUGGUGUAACUGGUCCAAAUGCUGGACUGGAUUUGCCUGAGACAAUUAUGGAAUCUGAUCGUGAACUUCAUCUGACAACUAUUGAGGAAAAACAUUCUGAUGUUAAUUUUCAUAGCCCUCCACCAGUAUCUUAUCAAGAGGAGCCGACCUCUAUAAUAGACACAUCAGUAUCAAAUGCUGUUAAUGAGGUUAUUGAUGCAGAUCCACCAGAUACAGCUAAGUUUAAGACGGAGUCAACGGAACCAAUUGAAAAGACUGUGGAAAUAGAGGGAGAUUUGCAGAUUGAAAAGGAUGAUGAUGAGGGAGAUAAUUGGGAAUCUGAAGAAUCAUCCAAAAUGGUUCCAGGAAGCAUCUCGUCUGUGACAUAUGAUGGUCCGCCAUCAUUUAGGAGUCUAAGUGGAAAAAGUGAUGAAGGUGGAAAUGGUGCUGGAAGUCUCUCAAGAUUAGCAGGGUUGGGGCGUGCUGCGAGGCGUCAAUUGGCUGCAGUUCUUGAUGAAUUUUGGGGGCAAUUGUAUGAUUUUCAUGGGCAAGCAACUCAAGAAGCAAAGAACAAGAAACUGGAUGUGUUAUUGGCUGAUUCAAAACUUGCACAUUCCUUACUGAAAGUGGAUGCUACUGGAAAGGAAUUUAGUGGAUAUUUCCCUCCUGUAACUGGUAGAGGAUCUGAUCCUUUGAUCAGUACAAGUUUAUGCGAUUCCCCCAAGCAGCUGAGGGUGCAAAGCAGUAUUGACUCAUCAUAUGGAGUUCAAAGGGGGUCAUCCUCUUUGUGGUCCAGCCAUAUGCAAUUGCUGGAUGCAUAUGUGCAAGGUUCCGGCCGCAAUGUUGUUGACGCUACAGAGAGGCGGUGUUCUAGUGUACGCACUCUACCAUCUUCUGAUGGCUGGGAUAAUCAGCCAGCUACCGUCCAUGGUUACCAGAUUGCAUCUAUUGUCAAUAGAAUUGCUAAGGAUAGAAGUUCCAAUUGCAUGAAUGGUCAGAUGGAGUCCCCAGCGCCAAUAUCUCCAUCCUUGGGCCCUAGAAACUAUAGGGAUCCACUUGCAGUUGCUUGGGGGCAAAAGUUGCAAAAUGGAUUAGGCACUCCUCAAACAUCAAGGUAUCAGAAUUUUGCUGCAUCUGGAAACAGCCAACUACAAUCUGAAAGAUCAUACUAUGAUGUUUCUUCUGGUUCUGUUGACAACACAGGAAUGUCAGCCAAUACAAAGAAGUACCACAGUUUGCCUGACAUUUCAGGAAUUUCUGGUCCUUAUAGGGAUCUCUAUAUGUCUGAAAAGAGUACUCAAUGGGACAAUACUGUUGGAUUUGGAGCAUCUGUUGGCAGAACAAGUUACGAGCCUUCUUUCUAUUCAAAUACUGGAUCAGGAAUGGGAAGUCAGUUGGGUUUUGACGGUGUAUCAAAAGUUUAUGGGGGUGCUUUCUCCUUUCCAAUAAGUUCGGACCAUGGAUCCAUCUGGUCCAAACAGCCAUAUGAGCAGUUUGGCGUUGCUGAUAAAAGUCGUGCUGUUGGUAGUGGAGUAAAUAGGUCAAAUUCAAUCACUCGAGAAACUGUCUCUCUUGUGGAUUUGGAGGCCCAUCUUCUUCAGUCAUUCAGAAGUUGUAUUGUUAAGCUUUUGAAAUUGGAAGGGUCUGAUUGGCUGUUCGGGCAAAAUGAUGGAGCUGAUGAAGAUCUAAUUGAUCGUGUAGCUGCAAGGGAGAUGUGUUUGUAUGAAGUUGAAACAAGAGAGAUAAACCGUGUGGCUCACAUGAGUGAGCCUCAGUAUUCAUUUUCUGAUAGGAAGUCUGGUUCUGCAUUGAAGAAUGAUGAGGCAGGCAUAACCAACACUCUGGUUUCCUCAGUUCCUCAUUGUGGGGAGGGCUGCGUUUGGAAAGCAGAUUUGAUUAUAAGCUUUGGGGUCUGGUGCGUUCACCGGAUUCUUGAUUUGUCACUCAUGGAAAGCCGGCCAGAGUUGUGGGGCAAAUACACUUACGUGCUAAAUCGUCUUCAGGGGAUCGUGGAGUUGGCAUUUUCAAAACCCCGCAGUCCAAUGCACCCAUGCUUCUGCCUUCAACUCUCUGCAGCAUACCAGCGCAAGGCAAGAUCACCUGUUACAAAUGGAAUGUUGCCCCCUGCUGUGAAAUCAGGAGCAGGAAGUGGGAAAUGCACAACUGGAGCGAUGGUUCUUGACUUGAUAAAGGAUGUAGAGAUUGCCAUAUCUUGUCGGAAGGGUCGAUCAGGCACUGCUGCUGGAGAUGUAGCUUUUCCAAAGGGAAAAGAAAAUUUGGCUUCUGUGCUUAAACGUUACAAGCGCAGAUUAUCCAACAAACCAAUUGGAACUAAAUGAGCAGUCUAGAUCAAGCAAGGCUGUGAUGUCAACUCCUCACAGCUCAUGGCGUGGGUCGUCAUUCUGCCUCAACUGGGUAAAUAUUUGGCUUUUUAAUUUUGAAAAGCAGCUUAAAUACUCUAUAAGAUCAGGAGUGUUCAGUUGUGGGGCUCUUUUUCUUCAACUCUCCCCUUCUCCGAUCUCUUGUGUAUUAAAGUUAUGUGCUGCAAAUUUUACUUGGUUGUAUGUUAUGUAUACAUAGGAUAAAGAUUACGGGAAUAUGUAAUUGCAGCAGAAUUAAAGAAAAUGGGUAGGAAGGUGGAAAGUUGAUAAAAUGCAUUUCUGAUUUCAGAAAAAUUGUCAAUGUUAAGGGAAAUGUAGGUUGCAUUGGGAAACUAGUUGAGCUUGUUAAAUGGUAUAUAUUAGUUUCACAACAUUGACAGAACUGAUUAUGUUUUUAGUGUUCUUAAUUCUAGAAAAGCACAAAUAAAACAGGGUACUAGUUGGAUUUUAUUCAGCUAAAAUCUGCUGUUGAAACUGAAACUAAAAGCUGAAGCUGCUGCCAAAUGUAGAUGGGAUUCAGUCACUUGUAUAUGGUUUGUAACUUUUGCAACAGUUAUUUAAUUUGGUUUUGACUUUUUUUUUGUUGCUUAUUGAAGUUGCUAAUAGAAUUCUGUUUUAUUGAA